CAGAGUCCUGGGAUCACAGCUCAUGGUUGACAGCUUACUGAGAGAAAAAUUUGAGGGAGAAUGGACACAAAAGCUCGAAAUUGUUUGCUUCAGCAUAGAGAAGCUCUGGAAAAGGACAUCAAGACAUCCUAUAUCAUGGAUCACAUGAUUAGUGAUGGAGUUUUAACAAUAUUGGAGGAGGAAAAAGUAAAAAAUGAGCCUACUCACCAACGAGCAGCUAUGCUAAUUAAAAUGAUACUUAAAAAAGAUAACUCUUCCUACAAAUCCUUCUACUAUGCUCUACUACAUGAAGGAUAUAAAGAUCUUGCUGCUCUGCUCCAGGAUGGCAUUCCUGAUGUCUGCUCCUCCAGUGGCAAAGAUUCAGUUGCAAUAGCCUCAUAUGUAAGAACAGUCUUGUGUGAAGGUGGAGUACCGCAGAGGCCAGUUGUUUUUGUGACGAGGAAGAAGCUAGUGAGUGCAAUUCAGCAGAAGCUCUUCAAAUUGAAUGGUGAACCAGGGUGGGUCACCAUAUAUGGAAUGGCAGGCUGUGGGAAGUCUGUGUUAGCUGCAGAAGCUGUUCGGGACAAUUCCCUCUUAGAAGGCUGUUUCCCAGGGGGUGUGCAUUGGGUUUCAAUUGGGAAACAAGACAAGUCUGGGCUUCUGAUGAAACUACAGAAUCUUUGCACACGGUUGGAUCAGGAUGAGAGUUUUUCCCGGAGGCUUCCACUUAACAUUGAAGAGGCCAAAGACCGUCUCCGCAUUCUGAUGCUUCGCAAGCACCCAAGGGCUCUGUUGAUCUUGGAUGAUGUUUGGGAUCCGUGGGUGUUAAAAGCUUUUGAUAAUCAGUGUCAGAUUCUUCUUACAACCAGAGACAAGAGUGUUACAGAUUCGGUAAUGGGUCCUAAAUAUGUAGUUCCUGUGGAAAGUGGCUUAGGAAAAGAAAAAGGACUUGAAAUUUUAUCCCUUUUUGUUAAUAUGAAGAAGGCUGAUUUACCAGAACAAGCUCAUAGUAUUAUAAAAGAAUGUAAAGGUUCUCCCCUUGUAGUGUCUUUAAUUGGUGCACUUUUACGUGAUUUUCCCAAUCGCUGGGAGUACUACCUCAGACAACUCCAGAAUAAACAAUUUAAGAGAAUAAGGAAAUCUUCAUCUUAUGAUUAUGAAGCUCUGGAUGAAGCCAUGUCGAUCAGUGUUGAAAUGCUUAGAGAAGACAUCAAAGAUUAUUAUACAGAUCUUUCCAUCUUUCAGAAGGAUGUGAAGGUGCCUACAAAGGUGUUAUGUAUUCUUUGGGACAUGGAAACUGAAGAAGUUGAAGACAUACUGCAGGAGUUUGUGAAUAAAUCUCUCUUAUUCUGUGACCGGAAUGGAAAGUCGUUUCGCUAUUAUUUACAUGAUCUUCAAGUAGAUUUUCUUACAGAGAAGAAUCACAGCCAGCUUCAGGAUCUACAUAAGAAGGUAAUCACUCAGUUUCAGAGGUAUUACCAGCUGCAUACUCUUUCACCAGAUCAGGAGGACUGCAUGUAUUGGUACAAUUUUCUCGCCUAUCACAUGGCCAGUGCUAAAAUGUACAAAGAACUUUGUGCUUUAAUGUUUUCCCUGGAUUGGAUUAAAGCAAAAACAGAACUCGUAGGCCCCGCUCAUCUGAUUCAUGAGUUUGUGGAAUACAGGCAUAUACUGGAUGAAAAGGAUUGUGCAGUCUGUGAGAAUUUUCAGGAGUUCUUAUCUUUAAAUGGACACCUUCUUGGACGACAGCCAUUUCCUAAUAUUGUGCAACUGGGUCUCUGUGAACCGGAAACUUCAGAAGUUUAUCAGCAGGCUAAGCGGCAGGCCAAGCAGGAGAUGGAUAACGGGAUGCUCUACCUGGAAUGGAUAAACAAAAAAACCAUCAAGAAUCUCUCCCGGUUAGUGGUCCGCCCCCACACAGAUGCUGUGUACCAUGCCUGCUUUUCUGAGGAUGGUCAGAGAAUAGCUUCUUGUGGAGCUGAUAAAACCUUACAGGUGUUCAAAGCUGAAACAGGAGAGAAACUUCUAGAAAUCAAGGCUCAUGAGGAUGAAGUGCUUUGUUGUGCAUUUUCUACAGAUGACAGAUUUAUAGCAACCUGCUCAGUGGAUAAAAAAGUGAAGAUUUGGAAUUCUGUGACUGGGGAACUCGUGCAUACCUAUGAGGAACACUCAGAGCAAGUCACCUGCUGCCAUUUCACCAACAGCAGCCAUCAUCUUCUCUUAGCCACUGGGUCAAGUGACUUCUUUCUCAAACUCUGGGAUUUGAACCAAAAAAGAUGUCGAAAUACUAUGUUUGGCCAUACAAGUUCAGUCAAUCACUGCAGAUUUUCACCGGAUGAUAAUCUUUUGGCUAGCUGUUCAGCUGAUGGAACAUUAAAGCUUUGGGAUGUGACAUCAGCAAAUGAGAGGAAAAGCAUUAAUGUAAAGCACUUCUUCCUAAAUUCGGAGGACCCGCAAGAGGACAUGGAAGUGAUAGUGAAAUGUUGCUCCUGGUCUGCUGAUGGCGCUAGGAUAAUGGUGGCAGCAAAAAAUAAAAUCUUUCUUUUUGAUAUUCAUACCAAUGACCUUUUGGCAGAAAUCCACAUAGGCCAUCAAAGCACCAUCCAGUACUGUGAUUUCUCCCCCUACAACCAUUUGGCAGUGGUGGCUUUGUCCCACUACAGUGUGGAGUUGUGGAAUAUAGACUCAUGUUCAAAGGUGGCUGAUUGCAGAGGACAUUUAAGUUGGGUUCAUGGUGUGAUGUUUUCUCCUGAUGGAUCAUCAUUUUUGACAUCUUCUGAUGACCAGACAAUCAGGCUCUGGGAGACAAAGAAAGUAUGUAAGAACUCUGCUGUGGUGUUAAAGCAAGAAGUAGAUGUUGUGUUUCAAGAAAAUGAAGUGAUGGUCCUUGCAGUUGACCAUGUAAGACGUCUCCAACUCAUUAAUGGAAAAACUGGUCAGAUUGAUUAUCUGACUGAAGCUCAGAUUAGUUGCUGUUGCUUAAGUCCACGUCUUCAGUACGCUGCAUUUGGAGAUGAAGAUGGUGCUAUCGAGAUUUUAGAACUUGUGAACAACAGAAUCUUCCAGUCCAGGAUUGGGCACAAGAAAGCUGUCCAGCACAUCCAGUUCACAGCUGAUGGGAAGACUCUUAUUUCAAGUUCUGAUGAUUUGGCAAUUCAGGUGUGGAACUGGCAGUCAGAGGAAUAUGUCUUUCUGCAAGCCCACAGAGAAGCAGUGAAAGACUUCAGACUCUUGAAAAAUUCAAGGCUGCUUUCUUGGUCAUUUGAUGGAACGGUGAAGGUGUGGAAUAUCAUUACUGGAAGAAUAGAGAAAGACUUUGUCUGUCACCAGGAUACAGUACUUUCUUGUGAUAUCUCUCCUGAUGCUACCAAGUUUUCAUCUACCUCUGCUGACAAGACGGCAAAGAUCUGGAGUUUUCAGCGCCUUUCCCCGCUUCUCGAGCUGAGGGGCCACGAGGGCUGCGUGCGCUGCUGCACCUUCUCUGCGGACGGUGCCCUGCUGGCGACCGGAGACGACAACGGAGACGUCAGGAUAUGGAAUGCCUUGAACGGGGAGCUGCUUCAUUUGUGUGCUCCAGUCACAGAAGAAGGAGCUACCACCCACGGUGGCUGGGUGACCAGCCUUUGCUUUUCUCCAGACAGCAGAAUGCUUGUUUCAGCUGGAGGCUACCUUAAGUGGUGGAAUGUUGUCACUGGGGAAUCCUUACAGACCUUCUACACAAACGGAACCAAUCUGAAGAAGAUUCAUGUGUCCCCUGACUUCACAACAUAUGUGACUGUUGAUAAUCUUGGUAUUUUAUAUAUUUUGCAGAUGUUAGAGUAAAAUAGUUGAGUAUCGAUGUAAAUUGAACUUUCAAAUUUAGAAUUGGAAAAAAAUUCUCAUGAAACUCUACAUAUCAACUUUUUAUAAAGCUGUGAGUUGUUUUGCAGGAUUGCAUUCGUUCCCAGAAGUGUUUAUGGUGGAUGAAUAAUGUCAAUGUAGCUUUUUUCCAUGAACACACCUUUAAUCUUGUUUUUCAUAAUCAUCUUAUUAACAGUUUGUCCUUAAGAUGCAAAUGAAAAUGUAAAUACAUACCUUGUUAUACUGUUGGUAAAAUUCUCUCUUGAUGCAUUCACAUUGGUUCACAUGAUUAAUGCGAAGAGUUUGAGGGAAAUCUGCAUUGUAAUCCAGUCAUCAGUGCAGGCUGGGCUUGGAGCAGUGGCCUGCUUUCUGGACCACACUACCCCAGGGGGCAUGGCUCUCCCAAAUACAAUCUUGGAGUUAGUUUAUGUGUACUCUUUAAAUUUGCCCUAAAUUUGCGCCUGUGUGCACAGUCUGCAACAUUUUUGACUCAAGUGACUCUUGGUUUUCAACACUUCCUUUUAGGAAGCAGAAGUUCCAUGCUAGAGAAAGUAGAUUUUGUUGGUCUCCCCUUUUUUCCCUGUGGCUGAUGGCAGCCUGGACUUGGUGGUCGGUGUCUGACGUGGGCACCAUUCUGCCCUGUUUUCUUAUGUGCCAUACUUCCUACUUGACUGAACUUGACCUUUCUUGAUCCUCCCUUUUAAAAUUUUUUAGAAGCAGCUUCACAGCUAGAUGUUAAUAAUUGGGGAGGGACCACAUGUAAUCAUAAGUCUUAAUAUUUUUUGAAGAACUGUGAAAUAGUAAAAAUAAUUUUCUUCUAAUUCCAUUUACAUUUAGAUGGAUGGCAUUGUCAGCGCUGUUCUCUUAGUGAAUUUCCAGAGCGUUCUCUGGUUUUCUUGCAGUUCCAGAAGAGUCACUGCGACUCUGGAUGUCAACUUUGGCCUCCAGCCAGCCUGUCUUCCUUCCCUGUCUCUCCCCCCCUGCCUUCUUUUGCUUUGUUUUUUCCCUUCCUUCCUCCUGAAAUACAUGAUUAUGGCCAUGGAGGCAACUUGGUGAUAGAUGUGGUUUCCAUAUAAAAAGUAGCCAGAAUUCAAAGAUUUUUUAUUUCUGUAACUAGAACUAAAUCAAAUGAGGAUGAGUACUAAUAGCAGAGAAGCAGUGAGCUUGCAUUUAUUGUUGGAGCCUCUUAGUGGAUGCGGUGGGGUGAGGAGACAGGCCACCCAGAGGUUUUAGAUGAGGUGCGCCCAUUUCACGUGUGCUGGAGCCAUAAAUACAGGAAAUACAGUCGUUUACAUUGGGAAGGCGGCUUUUUGUUUUUAAGUGAUAGGAUGAGGAUCUAGUUUACAGCUUUACUGUGAGUUAAGCAAAGAUGAUGAGUGAAACCUUAAUUCUGUGAAAGGGAGUGUCUGAGUGGUGUGUCUGCCUAGAACAUUCAGAUCCCAGUUUUAUCUGCCUGUGGUAUGUAGGGACUCGCCCCACGUACAGCUCGGCGUCUAAGGAACAGACGUUUGGAAUCCAAAGCCACAGACUGUCAGAGCAGAGCAACAGACACCAUCUUCCAAAAGCCUCGGUCGGCCUCCCGCUGAAAGCAGGGGCAGGUGCGUUGGCCACACCUGCAGUCCAGCACUUUGAGAGGCUUAGGCGGGCGGAUGGCUUGAGGCUGGGAGUUUGAGACUAGCCUGGCAACAUAACAAGACCUCAACUCAAAAAAAAAAGAAGAGAAAUUAGAAAACUGAGAAGGAAGAUGAGCUAACUGAGGAAAGAGGAGACUCCUGACACCAAGGUGCUGGUGUCUCGUGGCCUUCCUGUGGCCAGCCACAAGGAACUGUGCUCUGUAGGCGGCGGGUGGGCAUUUGACAGCGUUUUCCCUACUGCCCUUUUUAUAUUGGAAGUGACAGUGGACUUUGUAUACAUAAAGAUGUUUUUACAUUGUAUGUCCCUUGUAUGUCUUGAAAACUUUUGUAUUUAUGAUGUAGCUUGUGCGAUUUUUUUUGCCUUGAUGAUUUUUAAAAACUUUUUAAAAAUAAAAUUCCUAAAGUUGUUUUGAAAA